AAAAAAACAACGCUUCAAAGAUUACAUGUGCAACGAGCUGUUUUCGUGCACAAAUGCAACUGCUUUAGAGACCGGUUUAGCGCGACCAUCUGAUAAAUUACUAUACAAAAUGAUAACAGCGUGUUUUGAAAGAAUGAUUCAUAAAAUUCGUCCUUUAAAUGUUUAUCAACAAACAAGAGAUAUCACAGGAUUGUUUGUAAUAAAUAUUCAUACCGUUUUUCAGGGCACGUAAUUUGAUGCAACCAGCAAUUUGUAAUAGCUGGGGGAACAUAUGUUAUUAUAUAAUUAUGCAAAACAAAAAAUAAAUAGAAUGUUUUUUUACGCAACAUGAACUUGCACGUUCGCCGAUAUUUGAGACCUUAAUUGAAAUGCAGAGCACAUUAAUUUCCGCUAAUUAAUUAGACAAUGAAAUGCGUAACACGGUAUGGGUCAGUCUGUAUGCACCGUUUUCAUACAUAAUUAAUAAUUCCGCCUAAAGCCAUUCCCCAUUGCAGGAAACGGAUGCUAUAUCGUUAUCAUCUCGGCUAUCUAUCACAAUUCUGUCUAGUAUCAUUCUAUUAUCUGUUAUUACUGUAAGGAUUUUUAUUACUUAAACAAGUCGGUAUAGUAUAUAAAUGGUGUAAGGCGAUGAAUGGUGUUGACAUUUUUUUUUAAAAGGGGAACAUACAUGAUAUUGUGCUAGAAACAGUUUUUUAAUUAAACAACGUGGGUGUAACUGCGAGUGAAAUAAAUAUUCAACGAAAACACGAGAUCCAAGAUGUCGUUUGAAGAGCCAAAAGCUCCGAUAGUUCGUAUCAGGAAAAAGCGAACGAAGAAAAAGUCGAAAGAUAACGACAUAGUGCAUUUGCCGGUUCGAGCAUCUCAGCAAGGCCGAUAUUCGAGUUUAACGACCCCGCCAAAUCCACAGACGAAAGGAAGAGAGUGUUGCCGCCAUAUUUUUGCGAGUUGUAUGAAAAUUCCCCUGUGUAGAUUAAUCUGCUUCCGGUGUAUAUUACCUAAAUGCUACAGUGGAUCGGGUAGUGAUGAUGAAGAUGCUAAUAUUAAGGAUGAAGGCUACCACAGCCAAAAUAGGCGAAGUUCUGAAAUAUUGCCCACUUCAGAGGGAGGUGCCCAGGGAGGCACGGAUCCCCAAAGUGUUGAAAUGACCGAAAUUAAAAGUGAAACAGCGACGUUAAUUCCUCCGCCGCGCACUAAUAUAAAUGAGUAUCGUAGAGAUCCGUGUAAAUCCGAACAAAAUGGCAAGACCAAUGGUGAAGUGACGUAUAUUGAAGUUGAAAGUGUGUCUUUAACAGACAGCUAUGCAGCUCUUAACAUUCCAAACGGUGAUUCAAAGUCAGACGAUACGAAAGAGUUUAUAUUAGAUACGUUAGAAACGGGUUACGAAGAACCAGUUCACGCGGGUGUUCUCGAGUUUCCAAUUCUAAAAUCGUCUGGUAAAGAGGAUAGCUCAGAAUAUGUAGAUUGUGACAACUCUGACGAUUCAGAAUCGCGGAUUUAUGUAAAUGAAAGUGUUCUUGGUAUAUUUACUGAUUCUUGUGAAAAGAACGGUCCUAAUAUAGACAUAAAUUACAUAAAUGUAGGUCCGACAGGUAGUGAACAAGAUGAAAUGCAUUCCAAAGAAAAAGUAAAAUUAGGCAAACCGCAUGAAUAUGUGAAUCUGCCUUCACUUGAAUCAACAGCCAUAACGGUCAAAGAUGACGUAAAUGCUUCUAAAUCCAAUAUUCCCAGCGAUGAAAAGGAAACGGGAAAAGGAGAUCUGCUCGAAGAAGGUAAGAAAGAGACAGAUACUGUAUUAACUGGUGUUGAUGAAAAACUACCCUCUAAUGAUGCAGUAGAGGUCGACAAAGACAAAGGUAAUGAUAUAAAAAUUGAGGAUAACAGUGACAGUGAAAAGAAUUUUGUGAUAGAAACUGGUGAUGCUGAAAAAUUAUUAGAAAAAAAGAAAGAGAAAGUACAGGAAAUCGCAACGGACAUUCAAGACGAUAUGGAAGAUGGGACUGAAAACGAUCAAGUUGGAGACCAGACAAAGUUGCUAUGAUCUUUUUAAACAUUUUUGUAAGAGCUAAAGCAUGUUCAACCUGUUUGUUGUAGGUAGUGCGCCCUUGAAGCUGAGCUGAUAUGUUUCUUUAUUUAACUUUUUCUAGAAUUCGCUAUUUUUGAGAAUGCAGGGAAAAUCGAUCAUUUGUAUUAUUUUUACCAGGCAUGUGAAAUUAGGUUAAAUUUUCACUUGCGACUUUUUACGACUAGAUUAUUGUUUUUCAAAAGGGGUUUACCAAUAAGAUUUUAUACCGGAGCUUCUAGGACAAUUGUGCAAGGUUUAAUUUAAUAUAUACCAGAUAAAAAGGGCUAUACAACAUGUUAAAGAGUUCAGCACAAACGUUUAAAAGUGCAACACUACCAAAAUAAGAUUCCUUAUGUGACAUACCAAUUUUAAUCUUGGUUACGUCAGGUGAUGCCUAGACGACGUUUAUGCUAAGCUUUCUAAUGAAAUGCAAAAUUACGUUAUUAGAUGCAUUGAGCGGUUUAGAUUUAAAUUUAGUUGACACCGAGUCCUAGAACUACAAUGUUUUACUUGGUAAGUACAGAAGUACCUAAACAAGGUUAUAAUCAAGAAGCUUGUUUAAGCCGAAAAUUAGAAAACGGCAGGACAACAACAUAAGUUAUGCAUUCAGUAGACAAUGUUCUGCUGCAGAUUCCUAACGGAUAAAAUACAUCAAUUAUUGUACCGUUGAACGAACGUCUUCUGCCGCUCAAACGGGAGGUAGUGGGUACGAGGCACGGCACGUCUUUAAAUUCACAGUGGUAGAUUUUUUUAGGAGACGGACUCGGAUCUAGUUUUUUUUAGCUCACCUGUCACGAAGUGACAAGGUGAGCUAUUGUGACCGCUUGAUGUCCGUCGUCCGUCGUGCGUCGUCCGUCAACUAUUUGUAAAAAAAUCUUCUUCUUGAAAACCACUGGGCAGUAUUACACCAAACUCCACAGGAAUGAUCCUUGGGUGGCUCCCUUUCAAAAUGUUCAAAGAAUUGAAUUCCAUGCAGAACUCUGGUUGCCAUUGCAACCGAAAGGAAAAACUUUAAAAAUCUUCUUCUCAAAAACCAGAAGCCAUAGAGCUUAGAUAUUUGGUGUGAAGCAUUGCCUAGUUGACCUCUACCAAGUGUGUUCAAAUCAUGACCCCGGGGUCAAAUUUGACCCCGCCCCAGGGGUCAUUUAAUUUUACAUAAGUAAAUCUUAAAAAAUCUUCUUCUCAAAAACCAGAAGCCCUAGAGCUUAGAUAUUUAACAUGUAGCAUUUCCUAGUGGACCUCUAUUAAAAUUGUUCAAAUCAUGACCCCGUGGUCAAAAUUGACCCCGCCCCAGGGGUCACUUGAUUUUACAUAGGAAAUUCUUCAAAAAUUUUCUAAAAAUAAAUCAGAAGGCCUAGAGCUUAGAUAUUUCACAUGAAGCAUUGCCUAGUGGACCUCUACAAAAUUUGUUCAAAUCAUGACCCCCGGGGUCAAAUUGACCCCGCCCCAGUGGUCACUUGAUUUUACAUAGGAAAAUCUUAAAAAAUCUUCUUCUCAAAAACCAGAAGCCCUAGAGCUUAGAUAUUUGACAUGUAGCAUUGCCUAGUAGACCUGUACUAAAGUUGUUCAAAUUAUGACCCGGGGGUCAAAAUUGACCCCGUCCUAGAGGUCACUUGAAUUUACAUAGGAAAAUCCUCAAAAAUUUUCUAAAAAUAAACCAGAAGGCCUAGAGCUUAGAUAUUUGGCAUGUAGCAUUACCUAGUAGACCUCUACAAAAUUUGUUCAAAUCAUAUCCCCCGGGGUCGAAAUUGACUCCGCCCUAGGGGUCACUUGAUUUUACAUAGGAAAAUCUUAAAAAAAAUCUAAAAAUAAACCAGAAGGCCUAGAUCUUAGAUAUUUGACAUGUAGCAUUGCCUAGUAGACUUUUACAAAAAGACCCCGCCCCAUGGGGUUACUUGAUUGUACAUAGAAAAAUCUUAAAAAUUUUCUAAAAAUAAACCAGAAGGCCUAGAGCUUAGAUAUUUGGCAUGUAGCAUUGCCUAGUGGACCUCUACAAAAAGUUUUCAAAUCUUGUUUUUAAAGUUACUUUAAGAAAAUUUCAACUACAUUUUCUCAUAAUUCUUUUGAUUGAUUUUUAUUAUGAUCUUUUGACCAUGAAGACUUGUCCUUAAGUGCAAUGAUAACAGGUGAGCGAUAUAGUGCCAUCAUGACCCUCUUGUUUUAAGAUAAGCUUAAAGUCUUCUCAAUAUCCGGCUAAAGAAAAUCUGUAUGGACUAAAAAGUAAUAUUCACAUUAUUAUACAUUAUAUCCGGUUAGUUGUAUUUAAUUUUGUAGAUAACGAUUUAUGGUACAAGGGAGGUAAUUCGAAAGAAUAUGUUGUAUCCGAAAGUCAGACAAAGGCAUGAGAAAUAUCAUUAUGUAUUGUUUUAAAUUCUUAAUUGUGUUCGUCGAUGUAUGCUGUUAACUGGAAAUUUACGAUGCUUUCAUAAAUACAUAUUUUAAUAUUUUGUGUUAUCUAACGUACUAAAAUGUUCAGGUUUAUUUCUACACUUACAUAUCGAUAGUAAUACGAACUCAAUAAAGAUAUAUCAAGUAAGCAUUAUCUUUUCUUUAAGUCAGUUAUUCAAGUAAGAAGGAUUUCAUUGAAUAUUCAUAUAUAUUGUUUUUACUUUUGCAGUUACAUAAUUGGUCUGAUUAUUAUUUAAAUUAAUAAACGUUGUAAUAAAAUGGUUCAUAAAAUAA